AUGAGUAAACUGAUUCUGCCGGCAGAAUCAUGCACUUCGGAUGCGAUUUGCCCGGAGGAUGCUAUACAGCAUCAGCAAUCCGGGGCACCGCAUCUACGUCACAUCCCCAAUAUGUCUCAAUCAUUGCGUCCAUACCUCCUGGCUGUCAGGUCUUCUCUAACGGCAGCACUCGCGAUAUCGAACUUCGCUUCCCAAACCUCCGAAAGACACAACGUGCCUGAGAUCGAAGCCGCAACUUCCCCCGAACUACUUCUCAACCCCCUCACAAUCUCCCGGAAUGAGAAUGAGAAGGUCCUCAUCGAACCCAGCGUUAACAGCAUCCGUGUUAGCAUCCGAAUCAAACAGGCAGAUGAGAUCGAACAUAUCUUGGUCCAUAAGUUCACCAGAUUCUUGACACAGCGUGCGGAGUCUUUCUUCAUCCUGCGGAGGAAACCAGUAAAGGGAUACGAUAUCUCGUUCCUCAUCACGAACUUCCACACGGAACAAAUGUUGAAGCACAAACUAGUGGACUUCAUUAUUCAAUUUAUGGAAGAAGUGGACAAGGAAAUCUCGGAAAUGAAGCUCUUUUUGAAUGCUCGUGCUCGCUUCGUCGCCGAGUCGUUCUUGACACCAUUCGAUUAGAUUUCCCUCGUCCCGUGGUCGAUACGUGACCUUGGCUUUUGUUCUUCCAGGAACAACUAUUGUACAGAAGCUCGAUGCUUGUUCCCUUCUGCAGUCACUCAUAUGCUAUUCCUAAAUCGAAGUUAUAGCGAUCAUUCUUGUCCUAUAAGACAUUCUUGUCAUACUUCUCACUGCGUACUGCUCCUGCAACCCAAAGCCAAUCAACAUAAUAUCUAUUUAUUGAAUUAUGUAUAAUCAAGACCUAG